UAACCGGCGAAGUGGAAGCUACCGAGAGUACCAUGUUCCAGGAGCUCUCAUGGGAAGUGACAGAAGUUACUACGAGGGUUUAUAAUUAUAUCACAUACAACGCACAGAAGUUGGUUGACGGCAACCACUUGAUUUAUGCUUACGAAUUAGCAGAGAUUGUAUGCACGGUGAAUUCCAACUCGGAUAUAAUAGUCUUUGCUCAAAAUGGCAUCCACAUCAAUAUGAGAAGAUUAGAGAAGUUUGUGUCAUACUAUGAUUUAUUUUUCUCUGAACAGCGGCAAACAGAAGUUAUGAAUUUAAUACGAAACCACGAUCCGACUAUUUUAAACUCGUGGACAGGCGAACUUUUGCAUACGCUGAAACUGGAGAGGAUUUCCACCCUAACUCUUCCGUACGAAUGGCAUAAAGAUUCACCGCUUAGACUUUCGCAGUACUCGCUGAAACCUCCGUGUGUGGCCCACAUAUGGACAGCCAAAACAUACUGCUCACCGACUUCCUGCCAUUUUUGUAACACGGGGCUGAUGGGACUAAUUAAGCAGGGCUACCGCUGCAGCCGCUGCAAGCUAGACGUGCAUAGGAUGUGCACCAACGCAAUGGUCGGCUUUCGGUGUCUUGUAGAAAAAAGUAACACUAAAGCUGUAGUUGAGUAG